AUGUUCCUUCUUUGUCUUGUUAACUUAGGAGAAUCCAGACUGAGACGCCCACGUCAUCAUAUGAGAGAACAUAUACAGGCAAACAGCUGGUUUGGUUGCCAUGAAACCAAAAAUACAUACGCAGAAAAAUUAGUUAUUAACCGUGUUGAUGGUGAUAAAGACACAGACACAGUUUACACAACUGAUAUAUCAUCUCUUCGCGAUCUAGUUGCAACCAAAUAUCCUCUUCUUCUUCCUAACUUUGAAUAUUAUGACGGUAGUGCACCCUAUCAUGAAGUCAAGUAUUCAAGUAAUACUGGACAUUUUGUCAUUGAAAUUCAAAAAGUCACUCCCUAUAGAGAAGGAAACCAAUAUCGUGUUGUUUUCGAAAAAGGACAAGGAUCCUGUGAUUACACAGCUCAGACAAAGACUGUUUACACUAAAAAAUGUUACGGAAAGAAGAUGAAUCAGAGAGAAACAUUUGAAAACAGAGCUCUUUCAAGUGAAGAGUUCCAAUAUCUUCUUACUGCCAUUCAAAAUAAGAUUGGCUGGAAAUUCUUAUGA